CACUUCUUCCUGCGCGCUCUUUUCUCCUCCCUUUCUCUUUCCAGUUCUCACUCCCCGGGUUGUGCACACAGCACACAGGUUCGCCUCCUUUCGCCUUUCUACUACAGAAAAGCACUUUUGGAGCAAGAUUAUAACAUCAUAACUCUAAUGCAGAUUGCAUAGGGAUGCGAUCAAUGAUGUUCCUGUUUCUACUGCUGUGUGCCAUCUGUCCCUUUGUCCUGCUGUCCUCUGCUGUCCCUGCACCAGGAACAGAUGAAACCAGGCUCUUGCACGUUAUGAUCCCUGACAGCCCUCCGGUGUCUGCCGUUUUGGGAGGAUCCUUAACUCUGCAGUGCCUUGUGUCACUGCCACCCCCGUCCUUCUUGGGCCGUCUUGCUGGGCACACCAUGCCGCGGGUAAAGUGGAGCAUGCUCUCCUCUGGACGAGAGACUGAGAUCCUGGUGGCACGAGGGGAGAGGGUGAAAAUCAGUGAGCCUUAUAAAGGUCGGGCCUCUCUGCCGAACUACGCCUCCUCUCCAACAGAUCUCACUCUCCAGCUGGACAGCCUGAGGCACAAUGAUACAGGAUUCUACCGCUGUGAGGUCCAACAGGGAUUGGAGGAUGCUCAUGAUCUGGCUCAGAUCAAAGUGAAAGGCGUUGUGUUUCACUAUCGACAUGCCUCCAACCGCUAUGCAUUCUCUUUUGGCGAGGCCAAGAAUGCAUGCAAAGACAUUGGAGCUCAGAUUGCCACUCCAGAGCAGCUUCUGGCAGCAUACCACAGUGGUUAUGAGCAGUGUGAUGCUGGUUGGUUAGCAGAUGGAUCUGUCAGAUACCCUAUCCAUAUGCCUCGUGAGGGCUGUUUUGGAGAUAUGGAUGGCCUGCCAGGGGUCCGAAGCUAUGGCAUGAUGGAGCCUGAUGAACUUUAUGAUGUUUAUUGCUACAUAGAGAACAUUGAUGGCAAAGUGUUCUACGGCUCUACCUCACAGCGAUUCACACUGGCUGAGGCUAAAACAUAUUGUGAGCAACAGGGUGCACAAUUAGCCAGCACAAGCCAGCUAUACGCUGCAUGGAAUGAUGGUCUUGAUCACUGUAGCCCAGGUUGGCUAGCUGAUGGUAGUGUACGCUAUCCUAUUGUAAACCCACGAGAGCGGUGUGGAGGGCCCGAACCUGGCGUUAAGACAGUCUAUCGCUACAGCAAUCAGACAGGCUUUCCUGAACCUCACACUCGCUACGAUGCCUACUGCUUCAGAGCUGAUCUUAGUUCUCAGACAGUCAACCCUUUUGCUUACUUGGCCACAGAGCCAGAGGACAUUGGCCAGGAGAUUGUGACCUUAGCUUACACAGAGGAAGAGUUCAGUCCAGGUCAUGUAACUCAGAAGACAGAAAAUGAGGCUCAAGGGGCUGUUGAGAUUUUAUCAUUCUCCAACAAACAUACAGUUAAGUCAGAGGAGCGUGACCCUACAUCAACACCAUUUGAUAAAAUUCAUACAACCACUGCUAGCAGAAAUAUCCUCACCACCCCAGCAAUAUAUGGAGAGAAACCUGAGCCGACUCAGAGCUCCUGGCAAGAAGUGCUCAUCAAGUCCACUGACUCUGAGGCAGUGCCAAAGGUACACAUAGAGCCCAGCUGGAAUCAACCAAAGUCAGCAGAAGACCAAGAUAAAGAGAAUAGUACAGCCGAUUCAGAAGUGAAGACUGACAAUCAUACACACUAUCAGCCAAUGCCAGACACCAACCUGGAGCAAGGAGAGCAAGUGGAAUACAACACAUUUACAGAGAGUAAACCAAACACAACAGUUGACACCUUGGAGCAAUUGUAUGAGAUUAGGGAGAUUAGAGGAUCUAAAGCCAUGCCUGAGACCAACCUUGAUGAUCAAGAUGGAAGCCAUGUGGAUGUACAUUCCAUUGUAAUAGAAGCACAAGCAGGUAACAUCACUGUGGCAUUGGAAUCAGAUAUCAGUCUGGACUUCAGAACUCAGACCACUUCUUCAGAAAUCACUGAAGGAUCAGGAAGCGAACUGACUACAGCAUUCACAGAGAAGAUUGACCCCAAUGUCACCCUGAGUCAAGAAGAUUCGUAUGAUCAUUCUUCAUCUGAAGCCACCACAGAGAGUUCUUUGCUGGAAGAUCUAAGUCAGCCUACACUGAGUCUUGAGCAAAGUCAUGAGCAGUCUGUUGCAACAGACACUGCCAGUACUAUAGAUCAAGUGGAGCAAGAAACAGGACAUACUUCAGCUGAAUCCCUAGUAGUGUCUCUCGGUUCAACUGAUAGUGACAGUGAUCAUGAGUCAGGAGUGACUGCGACACCUGUACAUUUAUCUGAGAAACAAAUAGAGCCCAUUGAUGGUUCUGGUGAUGAUGACAAUGUACUACUGUUGACUCUUCUGACCACGCCUGCGCCUCACCUGUUGGGCACAUUCAUUUCCCCAAAGGCAGUGGAUGUAGAGGCUAGUUCCCCUCAGGAGCUGGACACUACUGUUCCAGAGAGCAGUACUCCAACUGGUGUCAGCAUCAUAAAGGAGGAGGUGAAGCAGUUUGAGCAGGAGAGGGUGGAAAAAGCACCUGUGCUCCAUACCAUGCCAACAACUCCACUGACUGAGACCAAGACAAUGUCAAGCAAAGACAACAUUGGCCAUGAAGAUAACUCAUCAGGAACAGAAAACUCUUCUGGAGGGGGAUCUUUAGUCACAGACCUCCCCUAUCCCAGUGCCACUCCCAUCAUACCCUUUAACUCCACAUACCUGCUUCACCUGAACACAACAGAGGUUAAUGAUACUGGAAAUGUUUCCAGCACCACUCAUUUUGCUGUGGAGGUUACACUGAUCCCAGACAUGACCUUAACACCUAUCUGGGACACGAUGACUCCUCCUACCCCACCACAGGAGUUCCGGGCAGAUCUGGAGAUCAGCGGUGACACUCCAGUAAUCAAAGAUGACCAUGACUCCUCAGCUGAGUCAGAUCCUACUGCAGUUCCCACCACUGAGAACCCUGAGGAGACCCAGAGUCUGACCUCCACCAUGGCAACCAGUGACAAGGAACGAGAAGAUCAGGACCUGACUCCCACCACAGAAUCUCCAAACAGCAAGGAAGAGGAUGAAAGGACAACCCAAACACACCACACAACCCCACCUCCCAGACCAACAGAGAGAGUGCUGGACAGAACAGGCAUAUCAGAUGGCUGUUUGGAGAAUCCAUGUUCUAAUGGUGGCACCUGUGUAGACAUUGGUACUGGUGUCAAAUGCCUGUGUCUGCCAACCUAUCAGGGAGAAUUCUGCCAAAUUGAUCUGGAGCAGUGUGAGCCAGGCUGGGAAAAGUUCCAGGGCAACUGUUAUAAGCACUUCGCAAAACGACAGAGCUGGGAAGUGGCAGAGCAGCACUGUCGGAUGAGUGGCGGUCACCUGGUCUCUGUUAUGUCACCUGAAGAGCAAUAUUUCAUCAACCAUAAGUACAGGGAGUACCAGUGGACUGGUCUCAAUGACAGGACCAUUGAGGGUGACUUCCGCUGGUCUGAUGGAAACCCGCUGCUGUAUGAGAACUGGUAUCGUGGUCAGCCUGAUAGUUAUUUCCUAUCAGGAGAGGACUGUGUGGUGAUGGUAUGGCAUGAUGACGGGCGCUGGAGUGAUGUGCCCUGUAACUACCAUCUAUCGUACACUUGCAAGAAGGGCACCACUGUAUGUGGCCAGCCACCUCUUGUCUUGAAUGCUAAGCAGUUUGGUGAGCGACGAGCUCGAUAUGUGAUUAACGCUCAGGUGCGUUACCACUGUGAGGAGGGUUUCCUUCAGAGACACAACCCCAUCAUCAGGUGCCAAAGCAAUGGACAGUGGGAGGAGCCACAGAUUACCUGUACACCACAACCAGUGUAUUUAAAAAGAAAACAAGUUACAUUGCCCCCUACAAAGAACCAGGAAGCCACAGAAAAAGCAUAACCACAGUGGUGGAGCUUUUAAACCAACCAGCUUCUUCAUUUUCUCUUUCUACGCUCCAUUACCUUUCCUUUAAGAGACCUCCAUUACUCAUCAUUCAUACUGUCAGUGUUUCAGACACAAACGCCUAUGUACAUCACAAUUGCAUUGUUCUACUCCAGUCAUCAGCUUCUUUCAUACAUUUUUUUUUCUUUUCUGUCGAAAAUGACACUGAAUUACUUAUUUUGUAAUUCUAUGACACACAAAACAUUCACCCAACCAGUAAGUAAAUACAGGUCACAGUUUCCCAAGAAUAGAGGUACAUAUUAAAGCACUAGCAAAAACUGCAAAAUGCAAAUGCUAUUUAACCUCAGCUGGUCUGAAUUAAACUGAUGCCACUGUCUCAUAAUGACUUCAUUUCAUCCCACUGAUAGUUCCCAUUACUGCCACCAGUAUGCAGAACAACAUAGCCAGGAUGAACAGGGCACACUGAGGAAACAACCCAUUGCUGAAAACAACCUGAUGAGAAAUUGAGAAGAUAACAGCUCAUCUUCAGUGACCUAGCCUUAUAAUCACUGUUAAAUCCUCACAUCCACAGAACUUGAACUGUAAUCAAAACCAUGCCUUUAGCAUCAAAUGGCAUUAAAUAAAAAAUUAACAGAUUCCAUACUUUAAGUAAGUGUGGAAAAAAGAGGGUUAGCAGUGGCUGGCCCUGGCUUACUUCACCCAGCAGUGGAAAUGAGGUUAAUAAUACUUUUUGGCCGCUGUCAUUCUGACGAUUGCACACAGUAAAACCUGUGCUCCUCAGCCAUGCAGAGUAAGUUUAUAAUCAACCCAUUUGGUGUUUAAGAAUCAAUUUCGAGUAUUUCACUACACCAUUUAGCCAGUUAAAGCUCUGACCAGGAAUCAUCAAAUCAGGCCUACAGAUUCCCAGACAACGUUGCUAGUUUUACUGUGGUCUCGCACAUCUCUUGAUUGGGAACCUGUAUUUUUAUAUUGAUAUUUAGGUAUCCAAGCUUUAAGACAACAAUGGGCCAUUUAUUGGCUCUUGAAGAAAACAAGCAUCCUUAGAUACAGUGAGAUGAUAUAAAUUUAGUAUUAAAAAAAAAAAAAAAAAAAAAA